GGGAGGAGGCGGGAGCUGAGGAGGCGGUGGAGGGGGCGGGUCGCGUCCGGCGCCACGUCCGCAGCCAGAGGCCGCCGUCGCCAACGGAGUCUUCUGGCUACACAGCUAGAGGAGGCGUCUCCGGAGCCCGCAACUGUCCCGCAGUGUGCCAGCCGCUCAGGCCGUCUCAGCCCUUCUCGGUGCUGCGCGCUCCCUCAGUCCGGCCCCGGUGCCGGCCCCCGACCCCGGCGGAGAUCAUGAAUCAGGCAGAUAAAAAUCAACAGGAAAUCCCAUCGUACCUUAGUGAUGAACCACCAGAAGGUUCAAUGAAAGAUCACCCACAGCAGCAACCAGGCAUGCUGUCCCGUGUGACUGGGGGUAUCUUCAGUGUUACAAAGGGAGCUGUUGGUGCCACCAUUGGUGGUGUGGCUUGGAUUGGUGGAAAGAGUCUGGAGGUGACCAAAACAGCUGUUACAACUGUGCCUUCCAUGGGAAUAGGGCUGGUGAAAGGGGGCGUGUCUGCUGUGGCUGGAGGUGUUACAGCUGUUGGGUCUGCUGUUGUAAACAAAGUGCCCUUAACAGGAAAGAAGAAAGACAAAUCUGACUAAAAAUACGGAGAUACACUUGCUCUCCACAGCAUUAUGAUGCCAGUGGCAUUGAAUUGCUAAAUUAUGGACUACAACCAAGUCACCUGUUUUGGACGUUUAUCUUCAACUGCUGUGUUGAAAGUAUUGAUGACUGACUGGUUUUCGUCUAAAAAGAAGAGACCAAUACUAGCACAGUGUAUGAAGGUUUCUCAUACUUAAAUUCCAGCUUUUUAUCUGGUAAAAUGUUACACUUACUCAGUUGUAACUGAAGAUACAGUAUAUUUGAGUAUUUACUACAUAAGUCUUUCAGUUUAACUAAUGUGAAAGUUGAAUUUAGUGGAUGAUCUUUACAGUUCCAUAUGUAUAAUGUGCCAGGUAACUCAUCUGCCCCUUAAGAAGGGAACCUUGAAUUACAUAAACUGUACCUUUGAUGUGCCUAAUAGUUUCAGAUGUCUUAGUUUUAAUAACCAUAGUUGAUUAGACCAAGUGGCAUUCUUAUUUAAGAUGGUAAAAGUAGCAGGAAAUAGAGAAGUUUAAAAGAAAAGAUUCAUGGUUUUAUGUGUUAACAAUCUUUUGUUAGAUAUGCAUUAUAUUAAUUUAAUCAUUGAUGCCUUACAAAAGAAAAGCAUCUUUUCUAAUACCCUAAAUAUGUGCAGUUCUUAGUAUUAUUAUACAUGGAUUCUUUCAAAAGUUGGUUGUGAAAUUAGUUUUCCCUCAAGAAUCUCAGGAGUAGUGGGGUAAAGGCAUUUCUUGCUCUUAGCAGGUUAGAUAGUGUUUGUUAACUUUUUGUUAACUGUCAGUAGUUAUAACCAAAUUGUAUGCUUCAACCUGGGUUCAUGCUCCAUCAUUAAGAAACCUCACAGUGCCUAAGUAACAUUUCUUUGCUGGUCAGAAGCUGUGUUGGAAGAGUUUCAUAUUAAGGAGGAACACAUAAAUAAUUUUAAGUUCUUAAGAAUUACCUAAAGCAUUCAAGAUAUAAAAUGAAUUCUUCACACCUGUUUUGUCUCAAGGAUAGCUUAAAUUAUUAGCAGUAAUACCCCCUUUAAGAAAACAGUAAAAGCAACCACAAAUAUGUGGGGGCUGAUUUUUAAAUUGAAUGGAAUGGGCUCCAUAGAUUAGUUUUGAGUGUAAAAUAUAUAUAAGUGCUUUCAGUGGUUGACAGGCUUUUAAAAUAUGUUAUCUUACAGACCUUAAAAAGCAGCUGUAAACUUUGUACUAUUUUCUAAGUCAACUUUAGGCAAGGAAUUGAAAUUUUUGGUUAUGGAUGAUAAGUGUCGUGUCUUAUUUAUGUCUCAUCAUGUCUCAUUCAUUCUCAAAGAAUAUGUCUUAGAUGGAAUUCAUCUUUUUGCUUUUUGUUUCAUGUUCAGUUUCAUAAAAAUUUCAAAAGUGGCAUAUAUAUCUGGCAUUUGUCUUAACUAAGGGUUAUAAUCCAAGCCUGAAAAAUCUUAGUUUUCCUUAUACUUAAGUUUGGAAAUUUGCCUCCAUUCUGAAGACUUUUUUUUUUUUUUUUAAAUGAGCAAGGGGAAGAAAGGAAGUGAUGCUCUGGAGUAAGUCAAAAUAGCACUCCUGAGAAAAAAGCAGAUCAAGCUUAAAUGUUUGUUUGCAAACCACUGAGAGUUUUACAUUAAUAAUGUGGAUCAACAAAUGGAUAAGAACAAAACUUAAAAGCUUUCAUAAAUACCAGAAAGGAUUUUAAGCAAAUCCACUAAGGUUCUUGAACCUUUGUACCAUAUACAAAACUGAAAAGUCAUCAGGGAGUUAAUCAGAAAUUAAAUGGUCAUUUAUUUCAUCCAUUAUGAUUUAAGUAUAUUUGUUGGUAUAUUUUUAAAAAAAAAAAAGCUCUAAAAUUAGUGGAUGAACACUAAAUAAUGGUAUUUGAGAACUUGUUUCCUGCUAUUUGAAAGAAGUUACUGCUUCGUUGCUAGCUUAUAUUUCUACAUUAUCUUCUAUUGUCAUAGGCUCUGCUGUGCUUUGUACCUGAAUUUCUAAAUAUAGACUUUAGUUUACUGUAUGCUUGCAUAUUUAUUUUCAACUUUGCUUGUCUUUAAAACUACUUAAGGAAGAAUGGUUGUAAUUAAUUUCUGCUACAGAAAAGCCACCUGGUACAUUUUAUCUCAUCAAGUUUGUUUUAAAUUUUAAAGUAUAACUUUGUUCAGGAGAGGCUUUUGCAAUGCUAGCAGAGAACUUGUACAAAUGAAUAGUUAUAGAGGUUCUUGUUCAAAUGAACUUGCCAUUUGAUAUGUACAGCCGUACACUUGAGUCUUUUCCAGUUUAUUUUCGUAGACUAGCAAUUUGACCUGUUAAACAGUACUAGUUCACUUCAAAAAACUAAGGUUGUUGUACACACCUGGAGGCAUCUGUUAUUCAGCUUAUCUUUUGAGUGGGUAUUUGGCACAAUAAGGAUAAACUUGUGUGACCCACUUGAAAGACUGAUCUAAUGAUGUUGAUAUUAUGAAUCCUGUACUUAGUGAGAUGUCAGAUGAAAAUAACUGAUGAUUGAGUAAUUUUUUUUUGUAUUAAAAGAAUGGGAAAAGAAUACACAAACUGUUAAUAAAGCACUUUGAUCUGCAAAA